AUGGUAUUUAAGGCCCCUCGUAAACAGGUGACAUACGAACCAAAAAUUACAUUGAACGGAGCUUCACUCAUACGUGUGCAACAAUUUAAAUACUUGGGUCACUAUGUUUCGGAGGACCUUAAAGAUCAUGUCGACAUCGAGAGAGAGAGAAGGGCCUUGGCAGUUAAAUGUAAUAUGUUGGCCCGCAGGUUCGCCCGAUGUAGUAAAGAGACAAAAAUCACACUUUUCAAGGCAUACUGCCAAAACUUCUACUCGGGAAGCUUGUGGGUCAACUUUUCAAAAAAGGCCAUAGACACCCUAAGGGUGCAGUAUAAUAAUGGUUUUAGGAUGCUGUUGGGCUUGCCACGGUUCUGUUCAGCCUCAGGCAUGUUCGCAGACGAGCGGACCGAUGACUUCUUUGCAAUAAUGCGGAAGAAGUCAGCAUCACUGCUGAAAAGACUGCGCUCAGGUUCCAACAGCAUCCUGAACAUGUUUGCGAGCAAGAUGGACUCACCAAUGCUUAAACACAUUGUUAAAGUGUUGAUUGUGGAUGAAACAGCACCCUGGACGGCGACUCACGAGACAUCAGUUUGGAUCCCUACUUAA